AUGGCGACCCGAUGUCUUACACGCAGAUGUGCUGGGCUUACCUCCGCUCCUCCUACAUCAGUUGUCCAAGGAUUUAUAAAGACAGCCACGACAGCUCGACCAUUCCAUCAAAACACCCCGCGUCCGAUCUUCGACUUCCUCGCUCCACGUUUGGGUGCUCCCUUCCAGUCAUAUGUUCUCAAGCGGAAUAGGAUAUCAAGGGACUCUAUUAGGUAUUUCUCGAAUACUGUGGUACGGAAAGCUACUGUCACUACAUUCAAUCCGCGAAAAAACGAUGAUGGGACAGAGCAGAAGAUUGAAAUUACACCCCGGGCUGCAGAUCGUCUACAACAACUGCGCAAAAAAGAGAACAACCCCAAUCUCGCUCUCCGGGUCGAAGUCCAAUCGGGGGGCUGCCACGGCUUCCAAUAUGUAAUGUCUUUAUGCGAUCUCCCAGCCAAUAUCUCUCGAGAUCUUUUCUCCAAAGACCCUGUCCAAUCCGAAUCUUUUUCCUCUUCCAGUACCUCAUCCACAGAUUCAAAUGCCAUGCCUACUUCAUCUAGCUCUUCGAAGUCAAAUACCUCAGCCACAAUGGAUCUUCGCGAAGAUGAUACAGUAUUCAGCUACAUUAGCGAUCAUUUACAUGCCAACGUCGUUAUGGAUGUCUUUAGUCUUGACGCCUUGAAAGGUAGUAAAAUAGAUUACGAAGUCAAGUUGAUCGGUGCCGAAUUCAAGAUUAUUGACAAUCCUGCCGCCACUAGUAGUUGUGGUUGCGGAACAAGUUUUGACAUCAAGUUUUGA